UAUAUAAAAGACAUGUUGGACAUGGCAAAUACACCACGAAAAUUAGAAAUUCACAAUAAUAACAAUGGAAGAUUUGAAGUUACAUGGAUUUUGGUAUAGUCCCUUUACGAUGAGGGUGGUAUGGACCUUGAAGUUGAAGGGUCUAGCAUAUGAGAACAUUGAAGAAGAUCGCUACAAUAAGAGUCCUCAACUUCUAGAAUACAACCCUGUGCAUAAGAAGACUCCAGUGCUUGUUCAUGGUGGAAAACCCAUUUGUGAGUCCAUGAUCAUUGUUCAAUACAUUGAUGAGUUAUGGCCACAGAAUCCAUUGGUCCCUCAUGAUCCCUAUGACAGAGCUCAAGCAAGAUUUUGGGUUGCAUAUUCUGAACAACUGUUUUCUGCAGUUGUACCACUAAUUUACGUCGAUAUUGCUGAUGAUGAAGAGAAGGAGAAGGUCAUAGAAAAGGUUCAAAAACUUCUAAAAGAUAUUGAAGAUCAAUGCGUAUUAUUGGAUGAUGAGAAAAAAUUCUUUGGUGGUGACAAUAUCAAUAUAGUGGACAUAGCUUUCGGGUCAAUGAUCAAAUUUCUUGUAACUAUGGAAGAUCUGAAUAAAUUGAAGGUGCUAGAAGUUGAGAAGUUUCCUCGCUUACAUUCAUGGUUUGAUAAUUUCAAGAAUGUUUCAAUCAUCAAAGAAAACCUUCCCAAUAGAGAGAAAAUGUGUGCUAUUAUGAAGUAUAUCAGAGAAAGGAAAAGAGAAUUGCAAUCAUCUAACUAGUUCAAAAAGAUGGUUCCUUAUAUGAAGUGAUUAUGUUCUUUAUAUACAUUUGCUUGAAAA